AUGAUGUAUCUUGUUCAACCCUUCCGGGAGUGUGGAGGACGCGAGGAGAGGAAGAGCUUUGAAAAUUUGAAGCUUGGAUUUGAGUCGUAUAAUAGCCUCUUGAAACGAUGGGGUACCACUCACCCAUCCACGACCUCUCCGAGCAUUGCCUCUCAUGUCCUUAACGUACCCCAAUUACGCCUCGACGCGGCCGAGAUUGACCUACUGUCAAACAAUCCUUCUAUCCAAACUUCGUUGCGGCUGCCACCGGCCAGUGAAAGCGAGUCGGCGUCAACUCCCCUGACGCCCGUGAGUGGAACAGUCGGCGAGUCUGUCUUCAAUUUCUCGUUCGUCGUUGCUUAUCUCUAUUACCCUCUAGCCACCAUUAACACCCAGGGGAGGAGCAGGAGAAUCUCGCUGAGAAAACAAGCGGAGAGCACUGGCAAGGGAGCGAACGCGGCGCAGAGGUUUGGGAAGAUUGCUUCUUCCGCUUCAGCAAUAACUGGGACCAAGAGGAGGAAGGCGAAGAAGAGCCCUUUAGAGAAACGCCUGGCGGAAACUGGCUUCUAUCAGCACGUAUUUCCAGACGACCUCUCGCAGUAUAAGCCGGGCAAGACGCGCAAAAUGGCACGCGCCGACAGCUGUCUAGAUCCCGGGGCUUCCACCGGAGGACAUGCGUUUAUCCCUCCCCCCAGCCAGCUCUCAUCGCGUCUGGCUCCUCGGUUGCUGUCACCACCCCGCCGGGUGGACGCCGACCAAGCGUCGCGAAGACCAAGCGGCAGCAGUCGCGUCGCGACAACGCGAGCCCGUACAGGCUACCUGCCAUUGUUGGCGCGUCCGUUGCAUAGGGCAAGGAAUCAAGAGCUGAAACUCAUUUUCCCUCCGCCGAUAUGGGCCCAGCCUCAGUAUCAAGCUUGGAGCUAG